GGGGAGCAUUUGGGGUGUUUGCUCCACUCAUGCCAUUCUUGAAAAUUGCGCCUCGAGACGAGCGCUUGUUCAGUUUUUGGGUAACUGUUGUCCUGCCUUGUGUUGUGUUGCCUCGUCUCCCGUCCAUGAGCGACCCCUGCUUUCCUCGCGUGUCUGAUCGCUGCUCGACCUAUGAGGUCGUCUGUUGAAUAUGGAGCCGACCCGUGAGGCAUCGGCUCGCGGCCUGGCUACAGACUCGAAGCCCCCGAAACAGAAGAGGAUUCGCAAAUCAAGGUCACGAGGAUUGCGCACCAAGUCCGGAUGCCUUACUUGUAGAAAGAGGCACAAGAAAUGUGAUGAGAGACGGCCUAGCUGCGGGCCUUGCUCGAUAUCGAGCCGAGACUGCCUGUAUGCCGAUGGUGAUGGGCCGAUCCAUAUACAAUCGAAUAAGCUUAGCCAGCAGAUUGAAGCGUCCCCCCCAACCAAUCCCUCUUUGCGGAAGGAAAUGAACAUCCCACAGACAGCCCUGGAAGCACCGUCACAACCAGUUCCCCUGGCGCUUCCCAGCCCGCAUAGCUUAUAUCCAUCUCCGGUGCAUGUUCCUCGAGCUGCGCCAGUAUCUAUACCCCUGGCUGAUGCAUAUCAAUAUGCAUACUCUCCCGAUACGGUUGCCUCAGAACUGCUGACGACUGACAUGGCCUCGAAUCGGUGGCUUGACCUCUUAGCAACCGAUGCCGCUCAGGCCGAUUCAGGAUUCUCUAUGGCUCCAAGUCCCGCUCCAGAUGACUCCACCAGUCAAGCAGGUAGCUCAGAGGUCCGCGCCAUUGGCACUGAAAAUCAACCUAUCGCGGGAACUGUCAGAAUUCCAGCUCCCUCGGCAAAUGCAGCAUCAGAACGGCAUGCCUGGUCACUAAAUCGGGAUCUUGUGUUGACAAGUCAGGAAGCUGUUUUGUUCCGAACUUUUGCAGAACGAGCGAGCCUUUGGAUGGACCUUUUCGAUCCAUUGAAGCAUUUUUCAACAUACGCAAUCCGACUGGCUCUCCGUAAUGGUGGUUUAAUGAAAGCCAUACUCGCUUUGACCGCUCGCCAUAGUGCCAUCGUACAAGCCAACAUGGGUGCUCCUUCCGAGGAAGACUCGAGCUUAGCUGUACAAUAUUAUUACGAGACUUUACACUAUCUGCAAAAUGCUUUGCAGUAUCAUUCUUACACACAUUCGGAGGAGUUGCUUGCCACUGCACUUGUAAUAUCCACCUAUGAAAUGCUGGACUCUUCCAAUAGUAAUUGGAAAAGACACCUAAAAGGAGUUUUCUGGAUUCAACGUUCGCAAGAUGUCAAUGGUGCAUCAGGUGGCCUAAGACAGUCGGUGUGGUGGGCAUGGCUUCGCCAGGACAUCUGGGCUGCAUUCAGAGAGAGAAGGCGGUGCUUCAGCUUCUGGAGACCCGUGAAGGACUAUGGCGAGUUGAACCAGGAUGAAUUGGCGGAUCGUGCGGUUUAUCUUCUAUCGCAAACAGUCAACUACUGUUCAAAGCUGGAUAAUGCAAAUUCUGCAGAGCCUAAUACGACCGCGAAAAGAAUCCGAGUGGGCGAAGCUCUCGUUUUCGAGCUUGAGCGUUGGAAGUCCUUCCUUGGUCCUAGCUUCCGACCUCUACCCACAGCUGAGCCUAGCUCCAACAGCUUAUUUCAACCUCUUUGGAUACACCCACCACGUUAUGGCGUUGCUCUGCAAGUGUAUAGUUUUGCACGUAUACUUAUCACGCUUCACCGCCCAGCUGUGUCUGGCUUUGAUGGAUACUUGAAAACACAGCGAACGCUAUCCGACGCCGUCGCUACUAUCUGCGGCAUAGCUAUGGAACUGAAAGAUGAAGGCAGUCAGAUCAUGUCUGCACAAUGUUUGUUCGGCGCUGGCUUAUGUGUUCAGGAACAGAGCAAGCGCAGUGCGAUAUUGUCGCUGAUCGAUACCUGCGAAGCGCGUACGGGAUGGCCGAUGGUUGCGUUGCGAAACGACCUUCUUGCAGAAUGGGCUAAGCUUUCAUGACAGCCUUUGUUGUAUCAUCUUCAGUAAUACAUAAUUCAGUGAUACCCAAAUAUUAUGAUAC